UAAAGCGGUUAGUAGCCAUCCAGCUGCCACGAAGCCAACGACUUCCCAGCCAUGAUGCCCGAUUUGCGUCCGUUGAGCCCCGAGCUUCGUAGCAUUGCCGCAGAGGAGCUGAACGAGGUGGAGGAGCGAGUGCCCGCUGAUCUGGCAGCUCUGCGGGAUUGGCUGGCCAAGCAGCCUUAUCUGAAGGCCCGGCAGGAUGACCAGUUUCUGGUUGGAUUUUUGCGAGGCUGCAAAUUCAGCCUGGAGAAGACCAAGUCCAAGUUGGAUCACUUUUACACCAUCAAAACACUAAUGCCGGAACUCUUUGGCAGUCGAGGAGUAGAUGAAAAAAACUUGACCCUGCUGCGAACGGGAACCUAUGUACGUCUGCCCAAGCCCUGGGGACCCGGCGGCCCACGACUUCAGCUCACAAACUAUGAGAAAUUCGAUCCCAAGCAGUUCAAGCUGCUGGACCUCUUCCGCUACCAGACUAUGAUGUCGGAACAGGCCAUUCGCGAGGAUGACAACAGCAACAUCAGCGGGUAUGUCGAGAUCAUCGACAUGGCCAAACUGAGCCUGAGCUUCCUGGCUCAACUCGACUUUACGCUCAUCAAAAGGAUGGGCGUUUUCGCGGAGAAGGCUCAGCCCACCCGCUUAAAGGGAGUCCACCUGAUCAACUGCCCCAAGGAAGGGGUGGCGCUACUGAAUCUGGCCAAGAGCCUCAUGCCCAGCAAGCUCCAGCAACGGUUUCACGUGUACAAAAAUCUGGAGCAAUUGAGCCAGGUGAUACCAAUUGAAUAUCUGCCAGAGGAGUACGGAGGCAGUAACGGACGCAUUGCUGACAUCCAGGCGGAGGCUGAAAAGCAAUUGUUAUCCUACAAGGAAUAUUUUGCAGAGGACUCACAAUACGGAGUGGAUGAGCGGCUACGACCGGGGAAACGAGUGGACGCGGACUCCAUUUUCGGAGUGGAAGGCUCGUUCCGCAAGCUUGACAUUGACUAGUGGAACAAGGAUUUAAAUUAAAUUUUUUAAAUGUAUUGAAAUGAGGAGAAUAGUCUCAAUUAAAAGCCAGAUAUAGUGCC